CAAAGCAGUAGCUGAAAGAUGAAUACCUCAGUGGCUGUAUUGGCUUUAACCCUCUUGUGUCUUUGUGUGGCUGAUGUCCCACAGAGCCAAGCAGAAGAGGGCAGGAGCGGAGACUUCCCCAGGCCACCUUGUCCCUAUGCGGCUAACACAGAAAACUGUUGCCAACUCAUCUUAAGAGAACUGGAGGCCAAACUGAGAAACACUGAAAAACAAUUAGAAGAUCUGGGGCGAGCGAUUCAAGGUAACCGGGUGGCAUUUGGAGCAUCAAUCGGCAACGUUGGAACUGUCGGACCUUUUAACGCUGAGAUCACAAUCACCUACAAAAAUGUCUUCUCAAACACAGGGGCAUACAACCCUGCGACAGGUAUUUUUACAGCUCCUGUCAAAGGAUUCUAUUACUUCAGCUUCUCUGGCCAUAAUCCUACAACUAAACCAAUGGGGCUGCGACUGAUGAAGAAUGGAGUACAGAUGGUUACUGUAUACAACCACCCAGCUGGAAACCGCUACGAGACAGCAACCAAUGGCAUGAAUCUGCAGCUUGAAGUGGGAGACCAGGUGUACAUGACACUCCGGCCCCACACCUGGAUUCUUGAUAAUAUCAAUAGCCACAGCACCUUCAUUGGCCAUUUGUUGUUUCCUCUGUAGGUUAAAUAACACUCAAAUAAGCAAAUAAUAAUAAUAAUAAUAAAAUGCUUCUUCACCGCUUAUUAAGCUGUUUUCUGCUUAUUAAAAGUCCUCCUAUUUGGAACAUUGUCUGUUAACUGUUUGGUACUGGGUUGAGCUUUUCUUUUUAGUAUCCCUGUAUAGCCUUCUGUUCUUGUUUUAUAAUUUCUUUUUCAGUUUUAGCUUAAUUUAGGAUUACCAUAAAGCAUGAUUAAAGUCAAAAAAUAAUAAAUGUGUCCCUGUAUUGACACAGUA